GCUUCUUCCCAAAUGAAUUGCCCCGACCUCACCCUCAAUUCCCUUGGGUGAUAUAAAAUUCCUGAUAUGUCACCAGCUGAGUCAUAGUAAAUUACCCAAAUGUGCCAAAAAACAUUCAAAUAGACACAACAACCAAAUAGCAUGUUUUUUUUUUCUUUUUAAUGAAUUGUUUAACUUUUGAGAACAUAUUCAGAGGCCCUAAAUUCCCCCUUAAUGAAAUCUUUAGUGUAUUGCUACUUUUCCACAUUUCUUGGCAUUUUCCAGUAACUUGUUCAUAGAAAUAACGCCACAAAUACUGCUGCUAUCUCAGCUCCUUUUCUGUACUUUGGUCCUGAGCCAUGUACUUGAGUAUCUAUAAUUUCUGGAUAUGGUUUGGCAGUCUGUGGCUGCCCAUGAGCUGUUUCCUAAAGCUAUGACAUGACCCGGCUAGUUAGUGAUGAAUAGAUCCCAGGGCUAGAAGGGUCCCAGAGUGAUCAUCUUGAACCCUCCCUCAGACCACGUUGCACUCCUUCAGACUUUCACCCAGCUCUGCCAUUUGGUGCGUUUGUUAGCCCACCGAUAAUUCAGGAAGCGGUUGUUGGGCUAAGGUGCCCCCUGACCUAUCCCGGCUUGGCAGACCAACUGAAGGUUUGAGUCAAACGGAAACCCCCUGGAUCAGGCUGGGUACUGGGAAGCUCGGCAAUCCAGAUCGUCUUCUUUGAUAUUCUUCUUGCCGGGGGGCGGGGAGGGGGAGCCGAGGGCCCUUGGACUUUUCCGAGAGGGUCCCUGCCCGGAGGACAGGCUGUGGGGAAGUGAGGGGAUGCUAGCCUGUUUCUCGUUUCACUUUUUUUUUUUUUUUUAAAGCCCCUUUGGCGUGCCCUGACCUGACACAGAGAGAACUGAUUCUCAGGAAUGUGCCAGGAGAAGGUGGAAGGCAGGUAGCUUCCCGGGGGGAGGCCCGAGGGUCCCGAAGGGCAACCGGGUGGGGUCACAGGGAGGAGGGACUUUGUCGGAAGAUGGGUGCAGGAAGUGGGAGAAGGAGGCGAAGCUGAGAAGUAGGUGUGCUAGGGCCAAGGGGCAGACGGGAAGGAGGCGAGGAGGAUCGGGUGUGCAGUGUGGCCCCGGGCUCCCCGCAGCCCCCUCCCCGGUGCCGGCCACGGCCCGGGCUUCUCUGGGCUGCAGUACUGAGCUCGGCCGCACCGUCUGCACCGCCGGCUGUCAAGCCCGGGGGGCGGGCAGGAGGAAGGGGUGGGGGUACGGCGGGCGGGCGGGAGGGGGAGGAGGGCUGGCACCGGAGCGCCGCCGCCGUGUCGGUGCAAUAAAAAUGCAUCCCGUGAAACUGCCCAUGGAGAAAGACGAGACGGAGCCUGGGGAGCAGCAGCAGCAAGCCGAGGCGCUGCGAGAAGAGCGGGACGCCCAGGAGGCGGCGGCGGCGGCCGGGAACUGAAAGGUCUCGGAAAGUUCAGUGGCCGCGGCGGGUGACCGAGCGAGCGAACGAGCCGGCGCUGGGCGGGAGGCGGCUCGGCUAUGCUGCGGGCAGCGCCCGCUCUGCCCGGGCCCCGCCAGCCGCUCCCGCGGCGUGCCCGAGGGACCCGCGGCAUCCCGGCGCCCUAGACGGAGAGGAGCCCCCGCGCCCCGAGCACGCCCGCCUGCGCCCGGCCAUGGGCAGCUGCGCCCGCCUCCUGCUCUUCUGGGGCUGCUCGGCCGUGGCCGCAGGACUGAGUGGUGUAACUGGAGUAGGUUCCCACUGUGAAAAGGCAUGUAACCCUCGGAUGGGAAAUUUGGCUCUUGGGAGGAGACUCUGGGCAGAUACCACCUGUGGCCGGAACUCUACAGAGCUGUACUGUUCCUACAGCGAGAAUACUGACCUGACUUGCAGGCCCCCCAAGUGUGACAAGUGCAAUGCUGCACACCCUCACCUGGCUCACCUGCCCUCCUCCAUGGCAGACUCAUCCUUCCGGUUUCCCCGUACUUGGUGGCAGUCAGCUGAAGAUGCUCACAGGGAGAAGAUCCAGCUGGACCUCGAGACUGCAUUCUACUUCACUCACCUGAUUAUGGUGUUUAAAUCACCUAGACCAGCAGUCAUGGUUCUAGAGCGAUCACAAGAUUUUGGGAAAACUUGGAAACCUUACAAGUAUUUUGCCUCCAAUUGCUCUGCUACCUUUGGUCUAGAGGAUGAUGUUUUUGAGAAAGGAGCCAUUUGUACUUCCAGAUACUCUAGUCCCUUUCCCUGUACUCGAGGAGAGGUCAUCUACAGAGCCCUGUCCCCACCCUAUGCUGCUGAGGACCCGUACAGCGCCAGCGCCCAGGACCAGUUAAAGAUCACUAACCUCCGCGUGCAGCUUCUGAAGCGCCAGCCUUGUCCCUGCCAGGGCAACGACCUAAACGCGAAGCCCCAGCAUUUCACCCACUACGCCAUUUAUGAUUUCAUCGUCAAGGGCAGCUGCUUCUGUAACGGCCACGCGGAUCACUGUGGGCCCGCCGACGGCUUUCGGCCCGUCAAGGUAGCGGGAGCAUUCCAAGUGGUGCAUGGAAAGUGUACGUGCAAGCACAACACCGCAGGCUCCCACUGCCAGCACUGUGCCCCCCUCUACAACGACCGGCCCUGGCAGGCUGCAAAUGGAAAGACGGGGGCCCCGAACGAAUGCAGAACCUGCAAGUGCAAUGGCCAUGCUGACACAUGUCACUUUGACAAGGAUGUGUGGCGAGCAUCAGGAAAUCGGAGUGGUGGAGUGUGUGACAAUUGUCAGCACAACACAGAAGGCCAGCAUUGCCAGCGGUGCAAGCCAGGCUUCUACCGGGAUCUUCGAAGGCCCUUCUCUGCCCCAGAUGCCUGCAAGUUGUGCUCCUGUCACCCCACCGGGUCAGCUGUCCUUCCCUUGCGCUCAGCACCCUUCUGUGACCCGAGCAAUGGGGACUGCCCCUGCAAACCUGGCGUGGCAGGCCCGCACUGUGACAAGUGCAUGGUAGGAUACUGGGGUUUUGGAGAGUACGGCUGCCGACCGUGCGACUGCGCCGGAAGUUGUGACCCUCUCACAGGGGACUGCAUCAGCAGCAGCACAGACAUUGACUGGUACCAUGAACUUCCAGACUUCCAUCCCGUGUUUAACCAGAGUGAACCAGCCUGGGAAUGGGAAGAUGAACAAGGAUUCUCAGCUCUCCGACAUUCAGGUAAAUGUGAAUGUAAAGAACAAUCAUUAGGAAACCCCAAAAUCUUCUGUGGGAUGAAGUAUUCAUAUGUGCUAAAAAUAAAGAUUUUAUCAGCUCAUGAUAAAGGCUCCCAUGCUGAAGUCAAUGUGAAGAUCAAAAAAGUGUUGAAAUCCAACAAAUUAAAGAUUCUACGGGGAAAAAGAACACUCUAUCCAGAGUCUUGGACCAACAGGGGAUGCACUUGCCCAAUCCUUAAUCCUGGUUUGGAGUACCUUAUCGCAGGACAUGAAGAUGUAAGAACAGGAAGACUAGUUGUAAAUAUGAAAAGUUUCGUUCAGCACUGGAAACCAGCUCUUGGAAGAAGAGUCAUGGAGAUUCUCAAAAGAGAUUGCAAGUAACGGCAAAGGUGUGUGGUCCCCAAUAGCAUUUUUCCUAUGCACAAAAUGCAAACUUAAUGAAAAGGAGACCUCAAAAAUGAAACUGGAAUGUAAAAAAAAAAAAGUGCCAAAAUGCAUAGAGAAGUAUUGUAAUAGGUUUCAUCUGAUCCCUUUUUUGACAAAUGUUUAAGUUAUAUAUGAUAACUUCUUUGGGAAAAGUUGAUGAUUAUUUGCAUAAAGAGAUAGAAAAUUAAACAAGGUGUUGAUAACUGGCCUCUAUGGGACUGAUUCUGAAAUUUAUAUAUGAUGGAGAAGCACUAUAAUAGCAUCAUAAUAUUUUGCAGUUAUCCAUUAAGACUCUGUGUCUAAGACCUACCAGCAUCUAAGAUGUUGCUUGCAUUUCAUGCUAUUUAAAGUCAUUAGCAGGACUCUAGCUAAGCACCCCAAGGACCUUGUGUCAACAAAGGUAUUUCUUAAAAGAGCCUUAUUUUGUUCACUGUGUAUGAACUCUGGUCUGUAAGGGGUUAAAUGGAUCCUCUCCACAUGUAAAUAAUCUUUCCUUGUAUAAAGCACUUUACUGCCUACCACUUUGUUUGUGGAAGUUUGGAGUUUUUACUGAGAGAAGGGAAAGAAGAUGGUGGUGGUGGUGGGGAGGGGGAAACUCCAGGAAUUGAAGCGCCCACCCACACCCUCUAAGUAUGGAAUGAAAUUUGACAGUAAAAAAGGCUGUCCACCGACCGCUUGGAGAAAUUUUCUGAAGAUGCAAUCUUUAAAAAGUAAAUAUGUUUGCACUGAAGUCCCAACUUCAGACCAGUGUUUAGAUCCUGCAGAUAUAUGCUGUGAUGAAACAUUUUUUAAAAAAUAAAUUAAACAAGAAAAGACUUUAAAAUAAGAUGAUAUAAUCAUCAGUAAAGAAGAACUCUGCCUGGAUAAAAUGAAACAGAGAAGCCCACUUGUUCAACUGCACAAGCCAGCAAUUCAAAAAUGAUUGUGGAUAUAGAAUUUAUUUUAUUUCUGUGGUUGAUGUUUGUCUCAAUGUUAAACUGGUUUUCCUCCAUGUCUUUAUUUGCAGCAUAUAUGGUCAUUAUUUCUCUCCAUUAUUAUCACCAAUGUAUGUGACAGUUCACCAAAUUAUUACCAAUUUUGUCAUUAUUCAUCUUCUGUAAUCCUUUUAAACACUACCUACAGCCUCUUCUGUACUUGAGUCUACAAAAAUGAACUUCAAUGCUGUAAGAAUCGCAUUAUAUCACUUCUAUACAGAACAUAUUUUUCUAAGGUCCUGUGGACCUUGCAAAAAUAUAUAUACAUAUAUAUAUAUAGUGUGUGGUUAAUUUGUUUUUAUAUUUCAUAUAUGUAAUAAAAGACUAUGAUUUCCUGA